AAACUGAAGUGUCUUACGUCGCACAUGAAGAUGUAAAUGUUACGCGCCAGUUCGUACAGGUCUAUGGUACAGUUCAGUCACAGCCACAUUAUAACGUUCGAUAAGUACUGAUUCGAGAGAAAGCGACAAGUAUUGGAAUGUGGAAACUGCAACCAACCGAGUCUGGAGGCCUUUCUGUUUCUGAAGGGGAAAGUAUCGUUCUGCUGCCGGGUCAGGAGUAUGUGGUUGGCCGUAAGAACUGUGAGAUCUUGCUGUCCAGUGAUCAGUCCAUCAGCCGUGCGCAUGCCAACCUCACCGUCACUGAGCAGGCGGUCACUCUAAAAGACAGCUCUAAAUAUGGCACUUUCAUCAAUGGUGAGAAGCUUGCAACUGGCUCCACAAAGAUCCUGCAGACAGGAGACAAAAUCACAUUUGGAGUCUUUCAGAGCAAGUUCAGUUUGGAGAAAGAGUGUGUUGUGGCGUGUUCCUCAUGUGUUGAUAAUGAAAGGAAAGCCUCCCUCUCUCAAGACUUGCACUCUAUUGGGGGGCGACUUGUCAACUCCUGGACACUUGACUGCACUCACCUCGUCAUGCCCACUGUAAAGGUCACCAUAAAGACAAUCUGUGCAUUGCUGUGCUGUCGGCCCUUAGUGAAACCUGAAUUCUUCAGUGCGUUUAGCAAAGCUGUGCAGCAGAAACUCCCGCUGCCUAAAGCUGAGAAAUUUAGGCCUCAGAUUGAUGAACCCAGCCUGGCUAAAGAGGAUGUGGAUCUGAGUGCACGACCUGAGAGAAAGAGCCUCUUCAAGGGGAAAACUUUUCUGUUUUUGAACUCAAAACAGAUGAAGCGUUUGAGCCAGGCGGUGAGUUGUGGAGGUGGGGUGAGCCAGCUUUACGAGGGCUCUCUGCCCAUUUCACUCUUGGAGGCAAGCAGCACCUGUGUUGUCGACAUGACAUCGGGGAACUCCCAGGCUCCAAUCCCUCAAACCUUCAAGAAGUGGGUGGAUUCUGUGGCCCAGAUUCUGCACAGAAACGGCUUGCGCUUUAUUACUGAAUCUGAGAUUGGAUUGGCUGCCAUUCAUGUCAAUAAUAAAACAUACUGCAAUCCCUGCUGUUCUAUGCAAUCUGAAUCGGUGAAAGUGAAACCAGUCAUUGCUGCAGCAACACUUUCUCAGAACACUGCUGUAGAUGAGACGGCACUCGCAGCACCUUCCCAGAAUAUCACAGCCUAUGUGGUCAACACUGAACUCUCUCAAGACCAGAGCAGGGUGGUUACAAGUGUGAUCAAUACAGUUGGUGAGACUCCAGAGAAGACACUACCCAAACAGAAGAGCUCCACACUGUUAGCAGCAAACAAACCCUCAUCCCUCGGCCCAGAACCUUCCACUACUCGCAUUGUCAAUGAGACAGCGAUGUCAUCUGAAAGCUUCAGCAUGGUUGAACCUGAGCAGAGGAUGAAGAAAAGUUCUGCUUCCUCUGGCAGGGGGCGAGUUGAACCUGAGGGUUCUGUGAAAUUGACAGCACCUCCAAAUGCCAGCACCACACUAAAACGGUCUCCCCAGAAACAGACAGCCCUCACAAACUUCUUUCAGCCUGCCGGCAAGAAAAGGCCACGUGAAGACGGUACCAAUUCUGUCCAGUCGGAUGCCAAAUUCUCCAGAAAAGACAGUGAGGUUAAAGAGGAUGAGAUCCAGCAAAGUUCCUUUGCCAGUAGAUCUCACAAAACCUCACAUACAGCCCAAAACCAACACAGCUCAGUGUCACGAUCUGAGUUCAGUGCUAGUCUGGUUCAGGCUUGUGGGACCAGUCAAAGCUCUGGCAGGAAGAAGAGAAAGGAACCUGAGCAAGACGCCCCAUCAGCCCCCGAGAAACCUGCAGCAGUCGCUGAUUUAGAUAUGUCACUUGAAGAGCUCGAGUCCAUAAUGUCCGAUGAAAUGGAUGAGCCUUUGCAGUCUGCAGCUAAUAAAAAACAACGUCUUGAGUCAGGAACAAACAGCAGAAUCAAUAAUCUACGAUUACCGAAUCAGCAAGAGGGCACUGAGUCCAAAAGCACAAAGAAUCAGCAAAGCAGUGCCAACAACAUUCAGAACUUGCAGUUGGAUAGAACAGGCCCAGCUGCAACAAAUCAGGCCUCUCAGAGCCAGUCAAAGAGGUCAUCCAAUCAAACGCCAGAUCUGGAAGCACAUAGUUCAGCAAAGAAGGGGAAAAGACCAGAACUUGAAGAGGUCAAAGAAGAGGAAGUGUCUUUUGUUGUGAAUUCAAGGACCCAAAAUGGCAUUUCCCAGCACUGUGAGCCUGCAGUCAAAAAGGAAAUGCAGGCCUCAACCUCCAAAUCUGGAUCUGAGAAUGACCCUGAGCUGCCCAGGAGGCUCCUACAGAUUCAGUUCAUGUCCCUGACUAUGAGCACCUCUUCCAGACCAAGACCCGAUCCACUACAGACCCAUGACCCUAAUGAUAAGAAUGUGAAAAGGUUCCGCAAGAAAAAUGUCCCUGGAUUUAAUGGACUGCCCAACAUUAUCGGAGGCUCGGAUCUGGUGGCUUACAAUCGCAGUAAGAACUCUGAGUUGGAGGAAUGGCUCAAAGAGGCAGCAGAGGAGCAAAAACGGAAUGAACGGGAGGAGAUUUUGGGUGAUGAUUUGUUCAGGUACAACCCUAGACUGGCAAAGAAAUAAGUUCAUAGUGCUGCUGCUAUCUGUGAAAAGAUGCAAAGCAAAACACCAUUUUUCCAUUUUUAUUAGAGAUUUAUUGGUCAAUAAUAAAAAAUACUCUGUACAAAACGUAUAUGUAUAUAUUAAAAGUUGAAGUUUUACAAAAUUGAGCAGUUGUCUUUUGCCUCCACGCCAACAAUACAUCACCUUGUGAAGCAGCUUUGACCGUCCUGCAUUGAAUUAAAGGACUUUACUUCUAACGGCUCUGAUUUGUCUUCUUAUGGUUUUGGUUCCUUCCAGUAUACCUUCAAGUCUUUUGAUGAUAUCUACUAUCAAAACUGUCACUCCACACAAAGAUUCCCUCAGCAGUCUAAACUUACAGUAUGAAUGGCUGAGGUGAAAACUUAACAAUGCUAGCUCAGAAGUUAUUUUAGUUAAUAUUUCAAAGCAAUAAAACAUUUAUUUGGCACAACAGAGUAUGAAGUAAUAUAUUUCACUAUUGAGUGCUGUGAAAUACCUUGAGUCAAAAUUUCUAAAACAUAGCACAUUGGAUUAAUCAAAAUUUUCUGUAAUGCAGAACAUUCUUGUUUAUCUAUUUUACUUACAAAUUACCAAAAUGACCGACAAACACCAUGGUUACUGUAAAUGACAAUGUACUGUAUUUCAAAGGUUUGGCACUUGUUUUAGGUUAAAAUGAAAGUAAGGUUGGUUUUGAUCUUGUCUGAUGGAAAAGAUACACAUAGCCCAGGUCUUACGAAGUGGCCUCAUAGUUUUCUUCUUUUAGCAGUAAUCCAGAUUAUUUUAGGAGCCUGUUAUGCAGGCUUGGGUACCAUAGAAUCACUGGAAGAAAGGGAUGUGUUUGUUUAAAGUGCUAUUAUGUGUUCUGUAUUCGAAUAUAUAUCCAAAUAAACAGAACGUAAUAAACUAUUUGGGAUAAGGCCAUGUUUCUGCAUCGUUUUUAGACAAAGAAAUACAUUGGCUCAUUAUUAGCUCAUCAAGGUUUUGGAAAUUUUGUGCGUAUUAAUAUACAUUAAUUGUGCAUUAAAUGGCAUUUCACAGCAGAAUUAAUCACAUUAAUGCAGACUGCAACAUAAUCUUUUAAGUCAUCUGCUCUUUUGGUAUUGCUUUCUUUUACUGCUUAGUGCAAGCCUCCUUGACAUAUGGUGUGUUCACACUGACAGAUAUUAAAUCAGUGUUUCUGAGCUGUUGGUGUUUAGUAGGCAUUCCUACUCUGCUCUGUAUCCAACUUUGUGACAAAUCACUGUGCUUACACUGAUAGUUACUGCAUCUUUUAGCUCUGCUAAACUUUGUCACUUCUCAACAGCAAGUCUGUUGCUUGUGACACCACCUCUUAAUGAUGCUUGGUUGCUACAAAGCGCUGUCAGUGUGAACGCCCCUUUAGGCACUGCAAUCAUGACUGAAAGACACGCUAUCUAUGAUGUAGUGUAAGAGCAGGUAACUAAUUACAAACAACAAGGCAACUAACAGCAUUUGUAACAACAAGAGGUAAAGCACACUUCAUGACACUAACAUAUUGGCACAUUAUUCCUGACCAUCAAAAACUCCUUUUGCAAGACAGUCAACAUAAGACACCAUUGGGAAGAAAGAAGUUUCUCCUAGCUUCUGCUCAUUUUUAUACAGUGGCAUGUGAAAGUUUGGGAACCCCUUGCAGAAUCUGUUAAUUUUUGCAAAAUAAGAGAGAUCAUACAAAAUGCAUGUUCUUUUUUAUUU